UUGUUUAUCUUGAUGAUAUCGUAGUGUUUGCAUCCAGCCUUCAAGAACAUAAACAGAAAUUAACUGAAGUAUUCGAUCGGUUACGAAAAUACGGUCUGAAAAUACAACCAGAUAAAUGCGAAUUCUUGAGAAAAGAAGUUGCUUACCUGGGUCAUAUUAUAUCGAGUGAAGGUGUAAAGCCAAAUCCCGAAAAAGUAAAAUCAGUUCGUGAGUUUCCAGUCCCUAAAUCAUGUAAAGAUAUUAAAUCAUUUCUUGGUCUCGCAGGCUACUAUCGUAGGUUCAUACCUAACUUUAGUAAGCUCACUAAGCCUUUAACAAGCUUAUUAAGAAAGGAUGUUCCGUUUACAUGGAGUUGUGUACAACAGCAGGCUUUUGACUCCUGUAAGGAAAUUCUCACAACGACUCCUCUGUUACAAUAUCCCGAUUUUACUAAAGAGUUUAUAUUAACUACGGAUGCUUCAAUCCACGCUAUCGGAGCGAUUCUCUCGCAAGGUGAAAUUGGCAAAGAUUUACCUAUUGCUUACGCAUCACGUACGUUAAAUAAAGCUGAAAGUAAUUACUCUACCAUAGAGCGCGAACUUCUCGCAAUAGUAUGGGCCGUGAAACACUUUCGACCAUAUUUAUUCGGUAGAAAAUUUAAAAUAUUUACUGAUCACAAACCACUCACAUGGUUAUUUUCCAUUAAAGAUCCGGGAUCUCGUCUCGUUCGCUGGAGACUGAAACUAGAAGAAUAUGAAUAUGAAAUAAAUUACAAAGCCGGAAAAAAUAAUACAAACGCCGAUGCCUUAUCACGACCACCUAUAUUAAAUAUGGGUACAGACAACCCUGAAAAACAAUUUGAAACAUUAUUAAAAACAAACUAUGAACAAUUCUUAUCUCAAGGUUGUAGCGCUAAUUCACACAAGCUUAAAACUUCACCUGAAAAUCUUUUAGAGUCUAAUCAUAAAAAUAUCUUCAUCCCUGUGUCGUGUCAAAAAUCGGAUCUUAAUAACUUAUACAACGAAGCUUUAGAUUUAUGUGCUUCCCAAAGCAAUCAACCUGAAACAGAAAAACAAGUCUACGACAUAGAUAAAAUAACUUCUGAAUAUCAGCAAAACAUUUUCCUUUGUUAUACUAGAACAUCAUACUAUGAUCCAUGGGACGCGGAGAGUUAUUUCAAAUCAUUGUUAUCGUGCUUACAUAAGCAUAAUAUUGAAACUUUGUAUAUACCGAACCUGAAAUAUGAUCAAACUUGCAAGCUUCAGGGCAACCAACAGCUACAUAUCUCAGCUUAUUUAGCAGAAAUAUAUAAUUGCAAUAUAAUCAUUUGCGAGAAUAAAAUUACUCAUCCUUCGCCUCAGGAAAUUCCCAGCAUUCUAAAAACAUACCAUGAUGAACCGCUCUCAGGACAUCGAGGUAUAAUUGAAACCACUAGGAAAAUUCGAGAACAUUACUUCUGGAAAAAUAUGGCCGAAGAUAUCAAAAAUUACAUAAACUCUUGUGAAAUAUGUCAGCGCAAUAAGAUUCAAAGAAAAACUUUUAAAGCUCCAAUGGUAUUAACAUCCCAAUCUAAUGAACCUUUUGAACGUGUUUCUAUAGACUUAGUAUCAUAUUCUGACAUUAGUGACAAUAAUAACAAAUACAUAUUGACACUACAAGAUGAACUAACUAGGUACGUCCAAGCUUAUCCAAUUCCUGAUAAAGAAGCUCUAACAGUUGCUAAACAACUCUUUCACUUCUGUCAACAUUUCGGUGUACCUAGACGUUUCCAUUCUGACCAAGGUACUGAAUUCAUGAAUGGACUAAUGAAGCAAUUAAUAAGACUUCUCGGUACAAGUCAAACUUUUAAUACAGCUUACCACCCUCAAACUAAUGGUGCAUUAGAAAGGUUUCAUGCCACACUUCGAGAUCACAUACGAAUGUACCAAGCACGUAAAUUGAAAAAUUGGGAUCAAAUUAUUCCACUGGCUAUUAUAUGUCAUAACACCUCAGUUAAUAGCUCUACAGGUUUCACACCCUACGAACUUCUAUUUGGUUUUAAACCAAGACCUUUUUAUUCAUUAAAAACAAUACCCGAUUAUACUGCAUUCGAUUACAUUAAAGAUUUAAACGAACGACUUACAAUAGCCCGCGAUGUCGCAACACAGAACGUUCAGAAAAUGAAAGAAAAAGCCAAGGAACGUUACGACGGGAAAAUUAAAAAUAUUGCUAAAUUUAAUGUAGGUGACAAGGUGAUGAUCAAGGUCCCUAACCCAAAUAAUUUAGAUAAUAAGUGGGAAGGGCCAUUCGAUGUGAUACGUGUAGGCUUUAAUGAAAAUUAUGUUAUUCGUAAAUCCGGGAGACAUCAGUUAGUUCACGCAAAUAGAUUAAGACCUUAUGAAAUAAAUAAACUCGUUAAUUAAACAAACAAUCAGCCGUGUGGUAGCCGGCUUUACCAAAGAAUAGCACCAACGUUCAGAUUUGACGUGUCGUAUAAGGCGACUAACAAACAAUUAGCCGUGUGGUAGCCGGCUUUACCAAAGAAUAGCACCAACGUUCAGAUUUGACGUGUCGUAGAAAGCGACUAACAAACAAUCAGCCGUGUGGUAGCCGGCUUUACCAAAGAAUAGCACCAACGUUCAGAUUUGACGUGUCGUAUAAGGCGACUAACAAACAAUUAGCCGUGUGGUAGCCGGCUUUACCAAAGAAUAGCACCAACGUUCAGAUUUGACGUGUCGUAGAAGGCGACUAACAAACAAUUAGCCGUGUAGUAGUCGGCUUUACCAAAGAAUAACACUGACGUUCAGAUUUGACGUGUCGUAUAAGGCGACUAACAAACAAUUAGCCGUGUAGUAGUCGGCUUUACCAAAGAAUAACACUGACGUUCAGAUUUGACGUGUCGUAUAAGGCGACUAACAAACAAUGAGCCGUAUAGACGCCGGCUUGUACAAAGAAUAGCUCUAAUAUGUUAAGUUGUUUCCACAUCAAACAACUUAUAGUAUUAAUUUAUUAUAAGCAAUAUUCAAAAUCAAUUAAAUCAAUAAUUCCUCAAUAAUCAAUUAAAUCAAUAAUUCUUCUAUAAGCAACUAAAUCAAUAAUUCUUCUAUAAUCAAUUAAAUCAAUGAUUCUUCAAUAAUCAAUUAAAUCAAUAAUUCUUCUAUAAUCAAUUAAAUCAAUGAUUCUUCAAUAAUCAAUUAAAUCAAUAAUUCUUCUAUAAUCAAUUAAAUCAAUAAUUCUUCAAUAAUUAAUCAAUAAUUCUUCUAUAAUCAAUUAAAUCAAUAAUUCUUCAAUAAUCAAUCAAUCUUAAUCAAUAAAUUGAGAUUUUGUAUCAUUUUUGUUAUAUUCGUUAGCUUACGAAUCGUCCUAAAAUCGUCUUUAUUUCUAAUAAAAAAUAAAACAUAAUUAAAACAUAAAUUUAUAAAUAAUAGUUCUUAUGUUUGUUCAAUUCGAUAUUACCUUAAUAAAUUAGAAAAAAACUUGUAAUAGAAUCUUCUUCCUUGAUGCUCGAACAAAUCUUAAUUAUUUCUUCAACAACUAAAAACUUCAAUGAAACUAUAUUUAAAAUAACGUAUGAUGAGCAAAUAAUUAACGAAAAUAUUAAUCGCCUUAAUGAUUACUUAAACUCAAGUCAAAAGGUUAUUUUCAAUCUAAAGGCUAGUGAAGACAUUUCCGUAAUUUCCUUGCAGAUAUUAGAAUCGGUAAUAAAUCUAGAAAAUGAAAUUAAUGAUUGUUUAGCAAGCAUAUUGUUCGUAAAAUCUAAUACAAUACAUCCCUCUAUAAUAACUCUUAAACAUCUAUAUGAAGAACUUUUAUUAUCUAAUCAUAUACGUACCAACAAACACUUAGUUACUCCAGUCACUAUUGAAAAUAUUCAUCAAAUAUUAGACUCAGCUUCUCUUUCUGCUCAUGUAUAUUCUGAUAGACUUGUAUACAUAUUAGAUUUUCCAUUAAUUCAAGGCGAACCUCUUAAUCUCUAUCACAUAUAUUCCAUUCCAAUUCAACAUUUUAAUUCCUCUUUACAUACAACCAUCCUACCUGAGCACAUGCAUUUGGCUACAAAUCCUAGCGGUAAUAUAUACGUAUCUACGAGCGACCUCACUUCAUGCAAGUCCUACACUAUAAAGAAGAAGAUCUGCACCUCUUUUAUCGCAUAUGAAGCAGCAUCACGUCCAUUAUGUGAGCUCCAUAUCCUGUUAAGCAUUUCAAAGACUUUACCUGAAAUUUGUACCACAUCCACAUUUGAAGCAAGAAUUAACACUUUUCAAAACAUUGACAACAACCAAUGGCUUUACAUACUUACAGAAGACACUAAUUGUAUACUUCAAUGUAAAACGGAAGUUACACAUCAUAAAUUACAAGGAGCAGGCAUUUUAUCCUUACCGGAAAACUGCAAACUUUAUACUGGGUAUAGUACGCUAACAGCCUUUCAAUCUAUUGAAGAAAAUGUGACAUAUCCUGUAAUAAUUCCAGACAUUAGAACAGACGAUUGCUUUGAAGAAUACAAGAACUUUGAAGCUCCAAACUUAAUUCCUAUUAAAAUUAAUGAAAUGCCUUUGGAUUCACUGAAACAAAUAAAACAUCAUGUCGAUAAAUUUAAGGAAAGCUUAGAAAAUAUGAGAUCUCGACCAAUCUUACAAAGAUAUUCGUCAACGUUUACAUGGAUAUACUUCGUGUUAUUCAUAACAAUGCUAGGAUACUUCAUUUAUAAGAUUAGCAAACGUUGUCCGAAUGGAUUACUCCUGCGUAACCGAAGACCAAGCCGUGAUAAUAGUUGUAUACAAAUAUUUAACAACUGUUUUUCAAACACAUCACGACGUCAGAGAACCCAAGUUGCCGUCCCGAUGACUACUAUAGCAACAAGUACCUGCGUAACGGAAGACGAAGAGGAAAAUGAAGAAAAUUAUCCAAGAACUUCAACACCGAGAGUUCAAAGAUCAAGCUCUCAAGCCCAAUCUUUAUUCUAAGGGGGAGGUGUUACAUAUAUUAAGAGUACGUGACCUAAGACCAUGUGUCAGCCUACGACCUAAUCAUUAUAAUAUUUGACAUUCCUAUUUGUAUAUUUGUAUUUGUCCAUUUGAUAUCGAAAUCAUUAUAUUGUUUAAUAUUCAUAUUUGUAUAUUUGUCUAUCUCAUCCAAGUUUCCAUUAGUAAGUUAUUAUCUCUAUUUGUUGUCACUCUUUCAAUGGAAGUAUUUGACUAUUGUAAUUGUAAAUAGUAAUUAAGAUAUCUCUACUAUAUAUAUGGACGAUUUGUAAUAAUAAAGACAGUUCAAUUCAGAAUA